ACCAACUAGUUUGCACGCGAACUGCAAACAGAACAUCGUUAAAUCCCGUGUGUUGUGUGUGUGUGGUUGUGUGUUUCCGCUUGUAACCGAACAAAAUGUGUCCGUUCGGUGCUUUGUUGUGUGGUGUGGUUUGAAUUUCCACAGCUGCCUUGUUCCGUGUUUGUAUCGAGAUUUUUGCUGCAGAUCGAGGAACGGGGUAGAUGGGCUGUCGUGUGCAACCAUUUGCAGCAGGUGGAUUUUGCAGGUGGCCGCAAGUGUAACACCUUUUUCGGACGAGGAAGGGUUUUGUUUUUGUUUAUAAUUAUCCAAUCGAUUACCGUGGCAUCGGGACGGGCCAGUAGUAGUACGGUGGCAGAAGCCAACGCGAAACGUUUGUUCACACAAACCAUCGUCCACGGGAAGGUGUUUGGCCUUUGCGUUUGAAUCUAUUUUGUGUGUUUGUGUGUUUUUUCUGCUCUAUUUGUGGCAAAAGAGUGCGAAAAAAAGGGUAACGAUAUUUUUAAAGAACCAAAACAAACCGACCCUUCAGCACGCACGCGCGCGUCACAACCACCAGUGUGUGUGUGUGUGUGGUUUUUGGCUUAAUGCUCGUUCCGUUCGUGACCUUUGCAGAAGACGCUUCUUCGGCAUUUCGGAAGAUAUUCUCGGGAAGAUCCUCCUAGUGACAGUCCCCUCCCCGAAAUCGGUGAACGUGAAUUUUGUGUUGUUGUGAUGUUCCUUCCAACAGGUGAUCGAAGUGUGGUUGUGGUUUGAAUCAUUCGUACCCAGGUAUCGAAAUACGACGAAGAUUUGCAUUUGUUUUAAGUGCAUCCACACCAACCGAGGCAACAGGACUGUGGAGGCUGACAGUAGAAUAGUUGUCACCGAGAACCCGCUGCUCUGUUUGCCCUGUUCGGGGUUUGCUCGCCCCAACAACUUUCACCACCGAACGUAAAAGAUAACGAUAGAUGAUAACGUGCCCGUAUGAGGUAUAAGGCCGAAGACAACAUUUGAGGAAAGUACGACGGACUUUAGGAGAAACGGAUCGGCAGAAGAACGCGCGUAAUCGGCGAGAGGUUAACUGUCAUCUCCCAAGUCGAACGUCAUUCAUUGCCGGCUUCUGGAAGUGUCCGACCAGUGUGUGGUGGCAUCAUUAUCAGUAUAGGAUGAUCUAAAUAUGCGAAGCUAACCGUUCCGGUACACCCGGCCCCGUGUGUGUGUGGUUUUGCUCUCGAUCGCGAUUCGUUACAGGAACACUUUGAAAGGCUUCAAACGCCCGUGUGGAUUGUGUGUUGCAGAGGAAAAGUACAUUCCCUUACCGCAUGGUAGUUGUUUGACGUGAUUUGGUUUCGAUGAAUCAACUAACGAGAAGGUGGUUUUUCUGUGUUUGUAAAAUAUUUACCACAUCAAAGGUGCAGCGUGAAGCGUGUGAGGGAUAGUGAAUUGUGCAUUUGGGGUGAUAUUAUUUUUUAUACGGUGUUUUGUGAUACGCAACAACAGUUUAAGGAGCAAUGGUGCAGCUUACAAUGAUUCAUCGAAUCGUGCUAUACAGUAUUCGGAUAAAACCGCAUGGACGCCUUUUUCACGAAACGUAGGCAACAUUACGCGACUGGCGGUGAUUUUCAUUCACCAUCUCCAUAUUCCAAACAAGCGCAACGUAGAAGGAAUAUUUUUUCCGAACAAGAGGUGUUCCGCAUGCUCGCCCCCCAACUAGAUCCAUUAGCAAGGCGUCACGAUCGCCAUAAUCGGGAAGAAUGGAUAUUAUCAGAGCGCCUGGAAAUAUUAAUAUUAAUGGUAAUGACAGCGGCGGCAGCAACAGUCUGGAGCCGCUGUUACGCAGCCCCCAAGGGGCUAAAUCAAAGGACAAUAAUGGUGGAAGCGCCCUACGGCAGCAUAACUUUCCCGACGAUCGUCAACCACAACAACAGGGUGGUGGAAGGAACGGCCUAAAGGGUACGCCCGGAUCGACGUCGUCGGUUGCAUCCACCGUUACAACGCCGCAUCGUCAAACACCACCCCAGUGCCCGUCCACCGAUUCGGGCAACAGUUCCUGUGUGAGCAGUGGGAGCAACGGUGGUGGUAGCAGCAGCAGCGCUGGUGGAGGUGGUAGUUGUAGUAGUGCUAGUGCUUCCGGUGGUGGUGUAGUGGAUGAUCCAGAAACUCAAAAACGGCACCGUCCCUCACGAUCAUCGUCCGCGUCAUCGCUCAAGAAUCGAAAUAUUUACGUAAACAGAACCUAUGACGAUGAGUCGCUAGAGGGUGGUGCAGUGCGCGCUGGUGCCGAUACCGGUUCGGCCGUUUCGAUUUCAAUCGAUGAAGGAAUUGACGUGAAUGUGUGUGCCGAUGCGUGUGGUAAUGCGAGUGAGGAUGGUGCCGUCGGUGCCGAUGGGCUUGGGAAUCCGGAAGAGGAAGAAAUAAAACCAUUGCUCGAGGUAACGCAUGAACGGCGGAAGACGAAGAGUAUCGUGAAGAGUCCGUCGAGUCAAAGCAUCGGUGAGAAACCGGUACGUCAGCUUAGCUUGCAGUUUUCCCAACCGGAGUCGGUAAUUGUGGCCGAACGGCCGGUGCAUCAUGUGCAGUUCAGCAAUGGUAGCAGAUACGUCAACGUUACCGGAGGAGAUGGUGGCGAACGGUCGGCAGUCGGCGGUGGAACGUACGGUACCCAGCAGGGGCUCGGUACGAACGCGAUAGAACCUUCGAGUCCGGUUGGCAGCAUUCUGUCACACGGUUCGGGAUCCUCUACGUCCUCAUCCGGUUCGUCCUCGUCAUCAUCGUCAUCGAAUGAGAACAGUUCGUUGGGUGCGUACGCCGAAGCCCGACCACCGGAUGGUGGCUGGGGCUGGGUUGUCUGUUUUGCCUCCUUUAUGGUGAACCUGAUCGCGGACGGCGUUACGUUCAGUUUCGGCGUAAUGUACAUUGAGCUGCUUUCAUAUUUUGGUGAAGGCAAAGGCAAGACAGCCUGGGUUGGUUCGUUGUUUAUGGCGAUGCCACUGCUGUGCGGUCCGGUCGCAUCGUUUCUAACGGAUCGUUACGGCUGCCGGAAGGUAACGAUUAUCGGCUCGAUACUGGCUUCCAUUGGAUUUGCGCUGUCCGCGUACGCUACCUCGAUCGAGAUGCUUUACCUUACGUUCGGCAUUCUAUCUGGGUUUGGGCUUAGUCUGUGUUAUGUUGCCGCAGUUGUUAUCGUUGCGUACUACUUCGAUAAGAAGCGUUCCUUCGCUACGGGUUUGUCGGUGUGUGGCAGCGGUAUCGGAACGUUCGUGUUUGCCUCGCUAACGCAGAUCCUGCUGGACGAGUAUGGAUGGCGCGGUACGACCCUUAUUCUUGCCGGCAUCUUCCUCAACAUGUGCCUGUGCGGUUUGUUGAUGCGCGACCUAGAAUGGACGACGCACAAGUCAAAGCAGAAGCGCCGCAAACAGCAACAGCAGCAAGCCGAUUCGGUGAGCAACAGCACGAAUACGGCCGGCGGUAAUACGAGCAUGCUGAUGGGCAACGGUGGCAUCAUCGAUGGAGUACCGAUCGGUGGCGUGAUCGGUGGUAACGGAGGUCUUGUAGAUGCAACAAACGAUCAUAUCUACGAUCUGGAUGAUCCGCGCCUGUUCAGCUCAUUGAUAACGCUACCGACGUUCCUGCAGAAUGGAAGUGGACAGGAUAAGAUUACCCUGGAGGUGUUGGCUAUGCUGAGCAAGCAGCACAACAUGCACGAUCACCAUGUGCUGCAGAGUCUUCCGGCGGCACGCAUGAGCAGCUCGCGGAGCUUCAGUCAACCACUGUCUCCGCAGAGUGGAGAUAACUUAGCAGAUCUCAAGGAACACGAACAGGAUACCGCGAAGGCAACGGUAUCGGAAGCAGCAGCAGUAUCCGCGGACGUAAACAGCGAUGACAAAGGACAGAAUGCGAAGGAAAGCAAGCAGAAAGAAGAAGAAUUGGCAAACGAUGGCACGACGGCGGUGGUGCAGCCGUCGCGUCAACGAGCAGCCGGCGGUCAGCGGUCCGGUGCAAGGGGACGGAAUGGGGCUGCCACCGAUGCCGUCGGUACUCCGUACGAACAGGGCACCGAGUUGCCGCCCGUGUUCCUGCGGCGGGUGCACAGCCACAGCACGCGCGGUACGGCCCCGCCGUCCGCGGGGCCACCUGCCGCGACCGCUUCCUACCUGAAGGAUCUGCGGAUGCACCGCCAUUCGCUAACGUACCGCGGUGCUAUGCUGAACAUUCAGCGCUACCGGCUGCGGGCCUCCUCCUGCCCGGACAUCUACCGCAACUCGAUGACGACGAUCGCAAAGGAGAAGUCCGCCUGGUACCAGGGCGUGGAGGAGUUCCGAACACUGCUGGUCAGUAUUCUGGACUUCUCCUACUUCUCGGACGUGCACUACCUGCUGUUUGCCAUCUCGAACUUUCUGUUGUACACGUUCUACGACGUGCCGUACGUUUACCUCGGUGAUAAUGCGUCCCAGAUUGGGUUUUCUCACGCCCAAUCGUCGAUGCUGAUCGCGAUCAUCGGCAUAUUGAAUAUGGUCGGCGAGGUUGUGCUCGGAUGGAUGGGUGAUCGGAAAUCGGUGAACGCUAACUAUACGUACGCCAUCUGUAUGGCACUUUGUGGACUAGUGACUGCGCUGGUGCCUCUGUUCAAAGAUUACACGAGUCUAUCCGUAUUAGCUGGUGGAUUUGGAUUGUUUAUAGCAGCAAAUUAUUCGUUGACCAGUAUUAUCCUGGUGGAAUUGAUCACGCUGGAGCGUUUCACCAAUGCGUACGGUUUGCUGCUUCUUGUGCAAGGUGUAGCAAAUCUUGUCGGUCCCCCACUAGCAGGCUGGAUCUCUGAUCUAACAGAGUCGUACGAUUUGGCAUUCUAUUUGGCUGGCUUUUUCAUAGUAAUUUCCGGUGCAUUAUUGCUGGUACUGCCCACGAUAACGAAGGUGCGCAAAAUAUUGGACAAAAGACGGCAUAGUUCUACCCUUGCCAGCGGUGAUACCAUCAAACUCAACAAAAAGAGUUCUUCCGCAAGCUAUAACCAGCAGAACAAUAAUGUCGCCAAUAAGCCAGUCGUGCUGGAUCUGAAAACUACGUACGUCAGCAAUGGUAAACGUAUCGUCACCGGUGUUGACGCUAGGAAUGGGUCCACACCGAAUGGGGUUAGCACGGGCCUUAACGGUUACAAGCUGCCAAUGGAGGAAGGUGCCACCGUUUAGAAUGUAAAUGGCGGUGUGAUUUGCGGAUUGCUAUAGUAUGUACCCGUCGGUAAUCGGUUUCUUCCAUAAUCAUUGUAACUCGAAAGCGCGAAAACUUUAUUGUGUACAGAAUUCCUACCCAAAAACAACGCCAACUCUACAGCGGAGGACGCGUUUACAUUUGUCAUGUCCCUAGGUCUUUGUUUUAGUAUUUGCAUUAAGUUUCCCUUGUUGUACGGAUGUUAAAAUUGGGUGUUCGUUUGCGUUGGUUUUCUUUCUUAUCAGAAUACAUAGCUAAGGAAAUACAAACAACACCCGGUAGAUGGUACCUGGGGGUGGGAACAUAUACCUCAGACUUAUUCACUAAAGGAUAUCAUCUGUUUCAUAAAAAAAAUCAAGACAUUAAUGUAGUUUCACGAAGAACCUAAGGAAAAAUUAAAAUUACCCUACUCACAGAGUAAAUGCUUUCGCAAUGGAUUUUUUUUUGUUACUGAAUUAGAAACGUUUCAAUUUAAUCUACUGAUUAAUUUUGCAAUGUUUAGAGAUGAUUUGAAACUUGUUUGGAUUUUAUUUAAAAGUUUUGGAAACCUUUUUUUUCUAUUGCUUGGUUUUAUAUGAAGAAACUCAGCAAACAUGUACCAAUAAAUAUAUAAACACAUUUGACUCUAUAGGCACCCUAUUUAUAAAAUCAUAAUCAAUAAUACACCAUAGGAACAGAACAGAACAUAUUACUGAUACUGGCAAGUGUGUAAAGAUACGAAAACUUGUGGACACAUUUGCAUUUCGUUCAAUUGAUAUGAAACAAGACGCCUGACGCAUUACAUUGUUGAAGUAUGCACCGAAUUGGGAGACAUCAUAAACAUGAUCUUUCACAGGCUCACCGGCAGAAUGAUUGGCCGUUUGUUUUUUCAAGAGUAAACUGGAUGGAAAGCGAUAUCGUGAUAACGGAAAAUGCAAUGACCAACUUCAUGAAUGAAAUAAUUCAUUUCUGCUCGCAUAAUUACGUUUUAUAUCUUGACACGAUCGAGUCAUUGUUGAUCAAACGCAGACACAAAUUAGAUUUUUCACACAACACAUGCAUUCUCUAUAAUGAAUAUCAGAAGAUUUUGCCCACGUAUAUUAAAGCUUUUCGAAACAACUUGAACAAAAACCCCGUUUGGGACGAUGUGCUGUCAGGCGAUGCUGAAAAAUUACAAAGUUGUAAUAUUUGCCUCUUUACUAAAAAAAGGGGAAAUUUUAUGAAAUGUAUGGAAUAUUAUUAAUACCAUUAAAGGAGAACAAAAACGCAAAGAUAAAGCGUCACGUGACUGGAAGUGUAAUGUGUUGGAAGUAGAACUGAAAAUGGGGACAACACUAGGUAGAAAGAGGAAAGGAAAAAAAUAAUAUAUAUAUUCAUCAGCUGUGAUCACCUAGUAUAUUAAUAAUUAAACUAAACUUAGUAAAGCGAUACUAAUUAGACACAGAAAUUGUAGUCGUGUAUCGGAAGACAUAUAGCAUACACCUUACAAGCGGAAGGGAACGGUCACGAUGGUUAGGAUAGGGAAAAAAAGCGACCAGCAAUGAAAAGGUUUAGCCGCGAGGAAAUGGCUAACUUGCGAUUGGAUAAAAGACAAUGUUAGUGGAUGUUUAUUUUGAAAUAGCAAGAAGAAAAAAAACAAAAACAAAGGUAAAUAUGAUAUACCUGAGCGUUAUUCUAUUUUUCAGUUUGUUGAAGCACUUUAAAGGACACUGUUGCGGUUAAAUAAAGGAAAGACAAAGGCUACCUGUUCGAAUAGGACUGUACACAGUGGGAAAGCACGAGAGCACGUUUGUGAGUGGUUAAAAAAAUAUAAUUCAACGAUAAAAAAAAACAACGGGAUCAAACUCAACCAAGAUGAGGCUAUGCUCACGCAAAACAAAACAAAACAGAAAAGGCGAGUGGUAAACUAAAUCAGGUGUACACGUUUCUGCCAAAUAAGAAGAAAGACACGACGGUAACGGAGCGUCAAACUAUAUCAACAGAUUUAAUCGACAUAUAUUUUGUAAUGUAAAUAUUACUCUUGCGUAAACCUCCUCGUGGUAGCGAAAGGUACACAAGGUACAGGAGUGUGUUUAAAGAUACAAAGUUAAAUUAUAGUUUUGAAACAAGAUAAGUUGUAUGUAAGUACGCUGAACAGCUGAGAAUUUUGCUUCACGAUUCGUUAAACUGUAAUGUAACAGAAAAACAAAACUUUACGAUGUAUGAUUUACAGUUUUUUCGAAUGAAGAGAAAUCGGUAUGCUUGUGUCGGAUUGUGUAGUCAGGAAAAUGCCAGCGAAUUGACGGCGAAAUUCAUGCUAAGUUGGGCCAAUAAUUGGAAACCAUCUGUGAGUGGACGGACAGGGCUCGAAACGAUAGAUGUGAGAUAAUAAUUACAUGCAUCCAUGUAUGUACACGUUACUCUAGAGCAUAAUCUAGUAAUUUGAAUUUAAAACAGAAAUUAAGCAUAUGUUGUUUAACAGGUUUGAUACAAAUUCGAGUGACUCACCCACAUACAUACACACAUAUGCAGUUACUUACCAGGAUACACGAGGAAAUUGGAGUAAUUGUGUGUGGUGAAAAAAACAACAAAUAAAUUAAAAUGUAACACACAACUUUAGAAGCAGCAAGAAGCACACAGUCACUUUGAAAAAAAAACCAGUUCAUGCACCGACAGAAAAAUUUCCCAAUUUACCACACUUUUGGGACAAAACAUGAUACGGUUCUAAUUUCAAAUGAAUGGGACAAGAAUGUUAGAAACAACUUAAAACCCAAUUUAACCUACAACACAGUAACAUAGAAGAGCAUUACAAAAUAUAAUGCAAUGAAAAUGCGCCUAUAAACAGUGCGCGUACACGUGCGCGCGCGCGCCCUCGUUCGUGUAGUAAAAAAGUAAUUUUUUUCUCGCUGUUAGGUACCAGAUAAACAAAGGCAAAAUAUAGCAAAAACAAAUUAUAACGUGAAACACAGUGGAAGACAAAAUCUCUAAAAUAAAGCUCGUUUCAAUCGAA